AUGGGUGUUUUAAAAGAGGGUCCAUGGAUUAUUCGGUCUCAACCGAUUUUUCUAAGUGAAUGGUUGCCAUCUAUGAAACUGGAAAAGAAGGAGGUAACCAGGGUUCAAGUGUGGGUUAAGAUACAUGAGGUUCCAAUAGCAGCUUAUACGGAGGAUGGGCUAAGUAUGAUUACAACUGCCAUUGGUGAACCGAAGCAUCUGGAUUCUUACACAGCGUCGAUGUGUAUCGAUAAUUGGGGAAGAAGUAGUUACGCUAGAGCUCUAACUGAACUUUCAGCAGAUAAAGAAUUGAAAGAGGAGUUGACCUUGGCUAUACCGGAAUUGGAGGGGGAGGGAUUUAUCAAAGAAACUAUGUAUAUUGAGUAUGAAUGGUGUCCGAUCAGAUGCUCGGGAUGUUGUGCAUUUGGCCACUCUGAUGAGUCAUGUCCCAAGCAGCUGCAAAAACCAACGAACAUUGUUAGUCAAAACCAGGAUAGGAAACUUGUUAUGCCAGGGAAUCGGAAAGGUAAGGAGGUGCCUAGAGUUGAUGCCGAUGGUUUUACGGGGGUCCAUUCUAGGAAAGUAGCAAGGAAAGGUGAUAUUCAGAUUAAUAAACCAAAGACAAAGUAUGAGUAUGGACCAAUUAGUGUUAAACGAACUGAAGAGACAAAGUCCAAGCCGUUGGGGGAUAUUUUUACGUCUCGAAAUCCUUUUGAGGUUCUGAAUGAUAUUAAUACGGAUAGAGGGCAAAGUAGUAAAAGUGCUAGUGGGGACCUGGAAGACUCUGAUGAAGAGGAGGUAAUAGAAAUAUUUAAUGAAACGGAUGGUUUUCUCAUGGAGGGAACGGAUAAUUCUGAACGCAAUAAAGGGGCAAGCACUCCUUCAACGCAAGUUUCCAAUGGUUAG